GAGGGCAGCGUUGGCGGCGGCGCGAGCGGCCGACCGUCCCUUCUCGCGUGUGGGUCGAGUGGCCGGCCGCCCACUGUCCUAGAGGAAGGCGGGAGCGGGGUGCGGCCAGAGGCUUCCUAGACAGUGGGCAGAAGGGCCUCAACGUGGAGGUCGUGGCCACCUUUUCCCGGCUGGCCGCCGCUUCCUCUUCCUCCCUCGCGGCCGGCUCCCCGAAGGCCUUUCUCACUGAGCCCUUUUGCCAGCACCUGGUGCGGGGAGCGGGGCGCCAUUUCGGGGCCAGGGUCCCCAGCGGGGUUUUCUCAGUUGAGGCGGGGGUGGAAGGAAAGGGACGCGAGCUUUUCCUCCCCACGUGGCCUGGGUGAAGGGCACGCGCUCCCUGCGGGGAAGCGCCGCCCCUCAGACCUGCCCGCCGCGGAAUGGAGCGGCCCUUGUCUGGCGGAGUACGCGUUGGGGUCACUCGAGAGCCGCUGCCCACCUGCUGGAGAGAGGAAGGCAGAUGCAUGGUUGGUGACUUUCCAGAUGCUGAGGUACCUGUAUCCUUGGCACAGGCCAGUACUGAGCUUUAGUUGGAGUAGGCUGUGCCUUCUGAAGCAACACCUGUUUACAAUGAAGUUGCAGUCUCCAGACUUUCAGUCACUUUUCACAGAAGGAUUGAAGAGUCUGACAGAAUUAUUUGUCAAAGAGAACCAUGAAUUAAGAAUAGCGGGAGGUGCAGUGAGGGAUUUAUUAAAUGGAGUGAAGCCUCAGGAUGUGGAUUUUGCCACCACUGCUACCCCGGCUCAGAUGAAGGAGAUGUUUCAGUCUGCUGGGAUUCGGAUGAUAAACAACAAAGGAGAAAAGCACGGAACGAUUACUGCCAGGCUUCAUGAAGAAAAUUUUGAAAUUACAACACUACGGAUUGAUGUACUCACUGAUGGAAGACAUGCUGAGGUAGAAUUCACAACUGACUGGCAGAAAGAUGCUGAACGCAGAGAUCUCACUAUAAAUUCAAUGUUUUUAGGUUUUGAUGGUACCUUAUUUGACUAUUUUAAUGGUUAUGAAGAUUUAAAAAAUAAGAAAGUUAGAUUUGUUGGACAUGCUAAACAGAGAAUACAAGAAGAUUAUCUAAGAAUUUUAAGAUAUUUCAGGUUUUAUGGGAAAAUUGUAGACAAACCUGGUGAUCAUGAUCCUGUUACCUUGGAAGCAAUUGCAGAAAAUGCAAAAGGCCUGGCUGGAAUAUCAGGAGAGAGGAUUUGGGUGGAACUGAAAAAAAUUCUCAUUGGUAACCAUGUAAAUCAUUUGAUUCACCUUAUCUAUGAUCUUGAUGUAGCUCCUCAUAUAGGUUUACCUGCUAAUGCAAGUUUAGAAGAAUUUAACAAAGUCUGUAAAAAUGUUGAAGGUUUUUCACCAAAGCCAAUGACUGUUUUGGCCUCAUUAUUCAAAGUACAGGAUGAUGUCACAAAAUUGGAUUUGAGGUUGAAGAUUUCAAAAGAAGAGAAAAACCUUGGCUUAUUUAUAGUUAAAAAUAGGAAAGAUUUGAUUAAAGCAACAGAUAGUUCAGAACCAUUGAAACCCUAUCAAGACUUCAUUAUAGAUUCUAGGGAACCUGAUGCCUCUACUCGCAUAUGUGAACUACUGAAGUACCAAGGAGAGCACUGUCUCCUAAAGGAAAUGGAGCAGUGGUCCGUUCCUCCAUUUCCUGUAAGUGGCCAUGACAUCAGAAAAGUGGGCAUUUCUUCAGGAAAAGAAAUUGGGGCUCUAUUACAACAGUUGCGAGAACAGUGGAAAAAAAGUGGUUACCAAAUGGAGAAAGAUGAACUUCUCAGUUACAUAAAGAAGAACUAAAAUUGAUGGCUACUAAAAACCAGAACAUUUUUGGUAAUACUGUUUUUCUUACCCUUCCUUUUAGUGAGAUUUAGGAAACUAUAGUGGAAUAAAAACCAGCUUAGGAGGACCUCUUCAGUAGAAUAAAGGUCUUACUUUGUGAAAUAUAAUUAUAUUUCGGGCACUAAACUGAAGUCUACCUCCUCUUGAUCUGAUUGAUAUCAUUGAACCUUAUAAUGCUUUUGGAAUAGUUCCAACUGAGAAAAGUACAGCUGUCUUCUAUCUUUUUAUAUUUGCAGAGGGCGGUACUAAGAUCGAUCUUAAAAAAGUAAUUGUUUUAAAGAAUAGAUGUUUAUUUGCAAGUGAAAUAACUGGUUACUCUAUAUGAUGACUGUCUAUAAGUGUCACUUAUCUGAAUUCUAAAAUAAACUUGUGCCUGAAAAGAAAAUAGUUGACAAAUUUGCAUAAAAUAUCGUGUAUAAAAUACAAAUACUAAAUGUGCCAUUGGUGGCUGGCAUUCGUACAUAAGGGGUUUGUUGUAGUAAGCUCUGUUUCAGUAUGUUAUUUUUCUCUGUCAUAAUUUCUUUAUGUAUGCAAAGCCUGGGAAAGUUACGGGAUUAAUUUGAGGGUUCGUCUUCUGACAAGUAUAAUACAAGUACUCGGAUACAAGUAUGUAAGUAUUUGUAUAUUGCACUUGAUAUAGGAGGGCUGUCUGGAAAGUAUCCACCCAUGUAACCAUUUUUGUUAUACUAACAAUGGCUGGAUAUCUUCUGGAUAGCCCUCUUAAUCAGGUACAAUAUAUGAAUACUCCUGUCUCUUCAAAGAUUUGAGCCCUAAGUGCUUUCGUUAUGUGAACAGAUGUAUAGCAUAAAGUAUUAUC